AUGCGGAUUAGCCAGCAAAGGUUGUCCCGGGAGCGGCAGCUCGAGGGGCUGCUCCGCGCCGUGGAGUCGCGCGGCGCGGCGCGCACGCCCUGCCUGCUGCUGCCCGCCAAGGCGGCCGGCGCGCGCCUCGGCGCCCACUGGUACCCGCUGCCGCUGCUGCUCUGCAAGGUGUUCCGCUGGCCCGACCUGCGGCCCGGCGCCGAGCUCAAGCGCCUCUGCGCCUGCGACUCCUAUGGCAAGGCGCACCCGGAGCUGCUCUGCUGCAACCCGCACCACCUCAGCCGGCUCUGCGAGCUAGAGUCUCCCCCUCCACCCUACUCCAGAUAUCCAAUGGAUUUUCUCAAACCAACGGCAGAUUGUCCAGACUCUGUGCCUUCCUCCACUGAAACAGGGGGAACUAAUUGUCUAGCCCCUGGGGGGCUUUCAG